AUGACUUGGUUCAGGAACAGGAUAGCCCACAUUCCACCAGGGGACUGGUGCAGCUACUCUUCGCCAGUGUGCCAGAUGUUACUUACUUAUGUUGAUCGGAGGAUACUUAUUUACAGACAAGUCAGAUAUUGUCGGGUGCGUGUCGUUAGUCAUGUCGUGGAUCUACCACAGGUUCUCGACUUUCUGUCCUGCCGAAUACGAUAUUCUCAGAUUUUCUCUUAUUCCGAGAUCAACAAGGCUGUUGCACAAUUUGCUGGUUGCUACGAUCAAGCUAGUCGAAACAUAAGGAGUGGUUCGAACGCUGAUGAUAUAAAGGAGUUGGCUUAUAAACUUUAUUCCACAAAUUAUGGUCAAAAGUUCACUUUUGAGAGGCAUUGGAACAUGCUUCGGUUGGAGCAAAAAUGGAGAACCCAACUACCUACACAGAGUGGCGGCUCAAAGAGAACCAAGGUUAGUGCAACUAGAGCAUACUCAUCCUCAUCAAACCCAGAAACACCGUUAGCUGACGAACCCGGUGUGGACUCUCCCGUUCGCCCACAAGGAUCAAAGAAGAGCAAGCGAAGAGGUAAGGGAAAAGCACAAAUGUCUGAAGAUUUUAGCGAAAGAAAAUCAUUGGUUGUCAAAAAAUUAUCUCUCAUGGAAGAUAUUAAGAAUGUUAGAGAAAAGGAACUAAUGGAAAAGGAAAAAGAAAGAGAAGAGGAGAAGGAACAUAGAGCAAAGAUGAUGGCAAUCAAAGAGAAGGAGAUACAAAUUCAAGCGGCAAUGAAAGAACAAGAAUUACAAACUCAGAGGUAUAUUAAAGAAAUGGAGAUAAAAGCAAAAGAAAGGGAAAUGGAUAUGCAAAUACUUAAUGCUGACACGUCUACAAUGAGUGAGAAACGACGAACUCUUCAUGAGAUUGCAUGUGAGAAAAUAAUGGCCAAGUGGUUUACUUAA